AUGACACUUUCUGAAUCCCUCCUCAUCCGCGGAAUACCUCGACAAGAUACCUCACGUAGUGCCCAACGGCACUCUACCAACGAUUUAAAGGGAACAACAACGAUUCAAUUGCUUUUUGCAGGGUUUUCUUAUACACACAAAUGGUCACAACGUAAAGUUCCACACAAUUUCAUUCAUUCGAACCCCAGUCCUGAAUAUACCGGCUGUAUCGAACAACGGUUCCUGCACAGACACAGUCAGAUAAUACCCUUCACGGUCGAAUGGCUCGACUUACGUACAAGCAAUUUAGUGGACCACGGCAGUGUUGGUGUGCCAGACCGCUUUACCGUUCUUGUCAUAGACGACCAAGUUUCCGUCGUUCUGGCAAACGAGACUGUAGGGGCGGUCAGGGCCAUUGGUCGCAGUGUGCCAAACUGCGGUGUAAUUGGGAUCGUAACCGACGCAGUUUCCGUCAACCUGCAUCUUCACGAACGAUACGUUUUUGUCAUCGAUGGACCAGAGUUUCCUACUGUUGUCGAGGUAAAGCUCGAGGUUACCGCCGGUCGUGACUCGGAGUUCGACGCGUUUGCUGUCGGAGAUGAGCCCGUAUCCACGACCAAUGGCACCGUUUUCGGGGAGGGUGGAACCGUAGGGGUGAACGUAAGACAUUGUAGUUGUUAG